GGGCCUCGACCCUGCCUUUGGGAACCACUGAUCUGUAUGACGGUAUUUUAUGUUUCAUGAGUGUAAAACCGUGUCCUGCUUCUAGAAGACCUUUAUGUGGUGAAUCAGUGAUUGUGUAAUAUUUGUGUUAUGAAGCAAUCGUUACACACUAACUCUCACACGCUGGAGAUCGGGUUCAGAGGCAGAAUAAAUAUUCGCAGCCUUAAUUCUUCUGUUCACAUCCCUUAAACAGUAACAAACUGUGCAGUUAUUAUUUUUUUACCCAACGCUUUUGGACUUUAGCUCCACACCCUGAUCUGGUUAGUGAGGCAGAUUAAACUCUGAUCGUCCCUGAGAACAUUUCAGUCCACAGCGCAGCCUGCUGAACAGAACCUCAGAGCCCAUUCGGCGGAGCGAUGGCGACCUUUGAUGACCUGCUGGAGGAGGCCGGGGCUUUUGGUCGCUCUCAGAAACGGAUCUUCAGCUUGCUUUGCUUCUUGUCCUUGUUCUUUGCAGGUUCAUACGUGGGCAUCGUGUUCCAGGGCUUCACUCCGGAUCACUGGUGCCGGGACGCUGCGGCAGUGGAGAGGAGAAGGGCCUGCGGCUGGAGCCUGGGAGAAAGUCGACGGCUGACGGCUCCUUUGGUCAACAUCUCUGGAGUUCUGCAGCACAGCAGCUGUGAGCAGUACGAGCUGGACUGGAACUCAACAGAACCCAGCUGUGAUCUGCAGAACCUGCACGUGAGCAGACUGACGUCUACAGCAUGCAAGGAUGGAUGGGAGUAUCAUUACGAAGGCAGGAACUCGAUUGUCACAGAGUUCGAUCUGGUGUGUUCAGAUGGGUGGUUGGUGGACAUGUACCAGUCUACUCUCAACGUUGGCUUCCUCGUCGGCAGCUUUGCUUUUGGCUAUCUGGCUGACAGGUUUGGGAGGAAGAUGAGUUUCCUCAUGUCUAAUGUGAUCAAUGUGGUAUCAGGAAUCGCGAUGGCUGUGGUUCCAGACUACACCUCCAUCCUGGUGCUCAGGGCCAUCUUUGGCUUCAGUUCCAAAGGAGGCUGGAUGGCUACAUAUGUGCUGCUCACAGAGAUAGUUGGAGUAAAGUACAGACGAACAGUCGGCAUCUUGUACCAAAUGUUCUUCAGCGUUGGCCUCCUCUUCCUUCCUCUGCUUGCGUACUUCAUCGCUGACUGGCGCUGGCUGCAGGUCGCUUUCACAGCACCUUUCAUCCUUUUUAUGUCCUUUUACUGGUUGAUCCCAGAGUCUCCAAGGUGGCUCAUCUCUCAGAAAAGAUCCUCAAAAGCUCAAGAAAUAAUUGGAAAUAUGGCCAACGAGAACAAACGGAAACUUUCUACAAAUGUUCAGAGUCUAACUGAUGAAGAAGUUGGGACCACGUCUGCCUCCUUGAUGGACUUGGUCAGAACUCCGAACAUGAGAAAACACACCAUCAUCCUCAUGUUUAACUGGUUCACCAGCGCUGUGGUUUAUCAGGGUCUCAUCAUGCGGGUGGGGAUAGCAGGAGGAAAUAUCUACGUUGACUUCCUCAUCUCCAGCCUGGUGGAGUUUCCCGCCGCUUUUCUUAUUCUCCUCACCAUCGAGCGGGUCGGCCGUCGCCUGCCUUUCGCAGCCGCCAACAUCGUAGCCGGAGUUUCCUGCUUUGCCACUGCCUUCAUUCCUGACAGUAUAUUCUGGUUAAAAACCAUGGUGGCCUGUAUCGGUCGGCUCGGGAUCACCAUGAGCUUUGAGAUGGUCGUGUUCGUGAAUACUGAACUCUACCCAACAUUUGUCAGGAACCUAGGAGUGUCUGUUUGUUCAACUCUUUGUGAUAUCGGAGGAAUUGUGUCUCCCUUCCUGGUCUACAGACUGGCGGUCAUCUGGCUGGAACUGCCUCUCAUUAUCUUUGGAGUCGUAGCUCUCAUAGCAGGAGGUUUGGUUCUGCUCCUGCCUGAAACCAAAGGAGCUCCUCUCCCUGAGACCAUCGAGGAUGUGGAGUUCCCGGAUCGAAAAAAGGGAAAUCAAGAGGAAUGUCAAAAAAUGAAGAAACAUUUGAAAACAAAUGAAGACGUAUAAACUCUUUGAUGUACUCAACAGGUUUUGAAAACAAGGACAUUGUUUUCUUUUAAAUAUAUUUAGUUGGAAUAAUGAUGUCUUUGUUUUUAGCAUCUAAUGGAAAAAAAAACCAAGUCAUGCACUCUGCUUUGCUACAAGAUGUUGGUUGGUGUGGCACUGGCGCGACCUAAACCCCGUGUGCAGAAUGGUCACGCUGCAGAGGGAUAAAGGAAUUUAACUAUCUGAGAUGUGAUGGAAACUUAAAAAUAUUCACUUUUUGUGUAGUCGCUGCAUGUUGUAUCACAAUCACUGAUUUUUAUACACACUGUAAAACAUUCUAAUCAAGACGGAGUUUUUUUUUUAUCAAACAAGCUGUAACUUUUGCUCCAAGACUGAUGAAAAGAAGUAUGGAUUUAUCAAGAGCUUAAAGGUGCAUCAUGUAAAAAUUAGGCAAGGAUGAGAAUUGAUUCAAUUAAUUUUUUUCUUCAAAUUUCUACACACAACACCCCAUUAUGACAUAAAUGAAACAAGGUGUUAUUUUCGUCGUCGUCUUCCUCUGCUUAUCCAGGUGCGGGUCGCAGGGGCAGCAUCCCAACUAGGGAGCUCCAGACCGUCCUCUCCCCGGCCUUCUCCACCAGCUCCUCCGGCAGGACCCCAAGGCGUUCCCGGACCAGAUUGGAGAUGUAACCUCUCCAACGUGUCCUGGGUCGACCCGGGGGCCUCCUACCGGCAGGACAUGCCCGGGAAGGCGUCAAGGAGGCAUCCUGACCAGAUGCCCAAACCACCUCAACUGGCUCCUUUCGAUCCGGAGGAGCAGCGGUUCUACUCUGAGUCCCUCUCGAAUGUCCGAGCUCCUCGCCCUAUCUCUAAGGCUGAGCCCGGCCACCCUAAGGAGGAAACUCAUUUCGGCCGCUUGUAUCCGUGAUCUGUUAUUUUAUUUCUGCUAAUGUAUUAUAAUUCACGUCAAGAGGAGCCCUUAGAGACGGGGUGAGAAGCGUGGUCAUUCGGGAGGGGCUCGCAGUAGACCUGCUGCUCCUCCAUGUUGAGAGGAGUCAGUUGAGGUGGCUUGGGCAUCUGGUCAUGAUGCCUCCUCGACGCCUCCCUGGUGAGGUUUUUUGGGCACGUCCAACUCGAAGGAAACCCAAGGGAAGACCCAGGACACGCUGCUGGGGCUAUGUCUCUCGGUCGGCCAGGGAGCGCCUUGGGAUUCCCUUAGAGGAGCUGGCCAAAGUAGCUGGAGAGAGGGAAGUCUGGGCGUCUCAGCUUAGGCUGCUGCCCAGCUGACCUGACUGGAUAAGGGGCUGAAAAUGGAUGGACGGAUGAUGUUAUAAUAGAAACACAUGGGUAUUUGCUCAAGACGUUGUUGAGGCACCUUUGGCCUCAACUCUUUUUGAGUUUGGGACAUCCUUUCUUUUUGCAGCACCUCUCAAGCUCCAUCAGGUUGGAGGACAAGCAUCGAUGCCCAGCCAUUUUCAGAUCUCUCCAGAAAUGUUCAGUCAGAUUUAAGUCUGUGCUCUGGCCAGGCCACUCAGACCUCCACAGAGUUGUGCUGAAUACACUUCUUUGUUGUCCUUGUUGAGUGCUUGGGGUCAUCGUUUUUCUGAAAAAUAAACUGUCGAACCAGUC